AUGACUAGUCAUCGUCUCCUCCAGAUCAAUGUGAACCACUCCGCCAGAGCCCAGGACCUGCUAAUCCAGGCGAUGGCGGAGUGGAAUAUCGAGGUGGCGAUCGUGGCCGAGCCCUAUGCCGUCCCCCCUGCCGAUAACAGAUGGCGGGGCGACACUGCGGGCUUGGUCGCGAUUGUCAGCAAAGGAGGAAGCGCCGCCUCCUCUUUCGUCCCUGUAUCAAGGAGCAAGAGUUACGUUGCGUGCCGAUGGGGGAACAGGGCUGUCGUGGGGGUGUAUAUCUCCCCUAACAUCUCGCCCGGUGAUUUCGAAGCUAAAAUAGAGGAAAUCGAGAGGGUCGUCCGCUGCCUGCAGCCAGGUUGGUUGCUGGUGGCGGGCGACUUUAACGCGAAGUCCGUUGACUGGGGUUGCCCAGUCACGGACACUAGGGCCAAGUUGUUGGGGGACUGGGCUGCCGCACUGGACUUUCAUGUUAUAAACAGGGGUUUGGUGCCUACCUGUGUGGCGGCCAGGGGGAGCUCCAUCGUGGAUAUAACGAUGGGCUUCCCUGAGGCGCACGGCGAAGUAACUGACUGGUCGGUCUCGGAUGAGAAGACCCUGUCUGACCAUAGGUACAUAGUGAUGGAGAUCUCCUCACCGGGCCCAGUGAGAGAGCCGUGCGCCCGGCCUGAAAAGUCAGAAGGUGCACCCCCGCGAUGGUCCUUAAAGCGCUUGGACGGGGACAUGGCGAUGGCAGCUGCCAUCGCCAAGUCCUGGGAAGUUACCCCUGAGGAAGGCGACUUCGAUGUCAAAGAGGAGGCGGCAUGA